CCACUCACACAGCAAAUGAGUGAAGAGAAGAGAAGAGAAGAGACGAGAAGAGAAGAGAAGAGAAGAGACGAGAAGAGAAGAGAAGAGAAGAGAAUGAAGUCUUUUGUAGCAGUGCUGGUGUUACUAAGCACUAGUGUGGUGAUGAGCAAAAAUGACAUACUUAAGCAGCUUCAAUCUGGAGAGGAACAGAGCCUUAAAAACGAAAUUCAAGCUGAAGUUCAGGAAACUGAGGCCACAGUCUCCAACCAAGAAAACUGCCAGCCUGACAUCCAGAUGCUGCUGAGAGAGCUGAGCGUUAAGCUUGCAGAGCAAAGUGUGGAGCUGAGAAACAUCAAGAGCCAAAUGAGCACAGUGGAGAAACAGUUGGAGGAACUGAAGAAGCAGAACGAAGGCAGUGAGAAACAGCUAGAGGAACUAAAGAAGAAGAAUGAAGAUAAAAUAGCCUUUUCAGCAUCCCUUUCUGCAUCUGGUGAGAGUAAAUAUACUGGACCCUUCAAUACGGAAGUUACUCUGAAGUACACCAAUGUCUUUGUGAACACUGGCAAUGCUUACAAUUCAAACACAGGAAUCUUUACAGCGCCGAUCAGAGGAGUCUACACGUUCAGAUUCUCCAUUACUGGACAUGGUAGCGAUUCAUCUACCGGAGCGCGUCUUUUUAAGAAUGGACGUCAUGUGGUUAUCGCUUACUGUCAUCAACCCAGUCAUGUAGUGAGCACCACCAAUGGAGCAUCUCUGCUCCUGGAAGUGGGAGAUGUGGUGUAUGUACAACUGUUCCCCAAAUCUAAAAUAUUUGAUAAUGGAAAUUUCUAUAACACAUUUAGUGGUCAGUUACUUUUCACAGUGUAGAAGGAAAACUUGGACUGUUAAUCUCAAUGUAUUAUUAAUGAAAAAUAAUUACAAUAAAAAAUGACUUCUUCACAAAUGAAGGAAAUCAAACACUUUGUUUAUCAAAUGUUUUUAGAAAAAUGUUUACCUCACACUUUACAAGACAUAAAGUAUUCACUGCCAACAUAGGUCUUGGUGUCAAAUACCCAGAGAUAGCUUGUUGCAUUGGCAGUAUAGGCAAAAGCUAGGGGCAUCGUCCUACCAUAGGGGCAUUAUUUUUUGUGUAUUUAACUUUGAAAUAUUACAAAUAAAAACACCAUACAGCCUUAGUCUAAUAAUAUUAGACCUAAUAAUAAUUAAUGUGUUCCGUGCUUGUACACUGCAGCAUCCCCCUGAUAAAAAUACCCCCACACAUUACCCUGCUUAUCUGUGGGGAAGAGUGAGUGGCAAGCUGCCAGCACUAUGUCCAACAGGCCAAAGCCCUCUGGUGCCCAGAGGAGGAAAUUAAGAAAAGUGGACAAAAAACAUCAAAAACCAGAAAUAAUGUAGUUUAAUGAAUAAACAUUUUUUUCUGUUGCAUAGUUAUCUAAGCCCCACCCUAAAUUCAAUAAGAACAUUUAGAACAAAAAAAUAGGUGUUGGUUUAUAUUAAAUGUGCAGUCUGCACAAAGCUUUCAAUAGCUCUCUUCCUGAAGAAACCUUCUUGUCAGAAAUCUUAGUCUAUUUAACAAGCCAGUGCUGGCCGUUCCCGUUACCGUUGAUUGUAAUGUGUGUCAUUUUGUAAAUAUUAAAUAAAAGGCUUUACAUUUUCAUUUCA